ACCGAGGACUUGCAGCACCACGUGCUUGGACUGUCACAUGUGACCUACAGCGGAGAGCAGGACACAGGACAGCAUGGCGAGUAAUGAUCCCGGAGGUUUUUUGCAGCAGCUGAGGCAGAUUGUCGGCAGGAUGGGGUCUGGCCCGCGAGGGGCUGGGGUGGGUAUCAAGCUCCUCAUCGGAGCUGGAGCUCUUGCCUAUGGGGUCAAAGAAGCCACAUACACAGUGGAGGGUGGCCAGAGAGCAAUUAUCUUCAGCAGAAUUGGAGGAAUGCAGAUGGACACUGUGCUUGCAGAAGGAUUGCACUUCAGGAUACCAUGGUUCCAGUACCCUAUCAUCUAUGAUAUUCGAGCCAGGCCCAGGAAGAUUUCAUCCCUCACUGGAAGCAAAGAUCUUCAGAUGGUAAACAUUGGUCUUCGUGUGCUGUCUCGACCGAUUGCCUCCCAAUUGCCGGUCAUGUACCAGCAGCUGGGGAAAGACUACGACGAACGUGUGCUUCCUUCUAUCGUCAAUGAGGUGCUUAAGAGUGUGGUGGCCAAGUUCAAUGCCUCCCAACUGAUCACACAGAGAGCCCAGGUGUCACUACUCAUAAGGCGAGAUCUAAUAGAGAGAGCGAAAGACUUUAACAUCAUCCUGGAUGACGUGGCCAUCACAGAGCUCAGCUUCAGCAAAGAGUACACUGCUGCUGUGGAGGCCAAACAAGUUGCCCAGCAGGAGGCUCAAAGAGCUCAGUUUUAUGUAGAGAAGGCCAAACAGGACCAGAGACAGAAGAUUAUACAGGCUGAGGGUGAAGCUGAGGCUGCUAAAAUGUUGGGUCAAGCUGUUACGAAGAACCCUGGCUACCUAAAACUCAGACGUAUCAGAGCAGCCCAAAAUAUUGCCAAAACGGUGGCAGCUUCUCAGAACAAAGUGUACCUGAGCGCAGACAGCCUCGUUUUGAACCUCCAGGACAGCUCCUUUGACAACCUGUCACUGGGGAAAUGAAGAGCAUCAUCCAUGAAGAACAUAUGCAUUCCAUAUGUAAGCAGUGUUCCCCUUCCCAAAACGUGACUGUGAGCCGAGCCUCUCAGAGUACAGUUCUGCUGGGUCUCAGAUGAGACAUUGGUCAGGCAGUCUUAUAGAUGCAUCUGUUUAUACACAGUCAUUCAGUCAUUCAGGAUUAUUUUCUAGUACAUUCAGCUCAAGAAUUGGGAGUUUUGGUAUUAGGGAACUCUAAAUACUAAUGGUGAUCACAAAAUAAACACUGCAAACAAUAAAUGGUCACUUGUUCAUAUAUUUCUAAAUGUCAAUGUUAUACCUAAUGUUGCUGAUUGGUUGUUUACAAAACAUGAAGCUUUUUUUUUUUUUUUGCCCCAGGUUUUUUUUUUUUGUAUCAUUAUUAUUAGUAGUAGUAGUACUAUAAUAACCAUUCAAUUUUCUCAAAAAAAUUUAACUUUAUGAAAUGUUGACAGAUCCUAUUGUACUUGCAGACAUUUUGAUUAAAUAAUGUGUUUAAGACUA